AUGAUAUCUAAUAAAGCCGCGUGGAUUAAAAAACGCCAUGAGCCGAUUGAGGUGGAAACCGCCGAGUUAUGUCUUCCCGAACGUGGUGAAGUAUUGGUUCGCAAUGAGGCUAUAAGCUUCAACCCAAUUGAUGCCAAAAUUCAAAGGCUAGACUUGUUCAAGUCAGAGUACCCCCUCAUCGGCGGGUUCACGUUUGCGGGGACCGUGAUCAAGAUAGGCCCCGAAGUUGCUUCCGUCAAACCAGGAGACCGAGUAGCUAUUGCUCGCUGGGGCAGGGCCGCAAUCGAAAACAGAUUCGGAGCGUUCCAGCAAUAUGCCAUUGGCCUGGAGCAAAAUAUACUGAAACUCGGGCCGGAAACCUCUCUGGAGGAUGGGGCUGGUGUCAUCGCCAACCUCGCGACCGUAGUUUCUGCUCUGACGAUUCAUAUGGGCUUGGCGAAGCCGCCCGUGGCUGGAAUCUCGGAGCCCAACGGAAAGAGGAUUUUCAUAUAUGGGGGAUCGUCGGCUGUUGGCGGGCUGGCAGUAAAGUAUGCCACGGAUGCUGGUUAUCACGUGGUGACGACCUCGUCACCGAAGAACAGGGCGCUUGUGGAAAAGCGAAAGGCGACACACAUCAUCGACCAUACUCGGCCGAAAGCGGACCUAAUUCGAGAAAUACAGGCUCAUGGGCCUUAUGAGGGCAUGCUCGAGACUAUUGCCUCCCCGGCGGCGACCAAGCUCAUGGGUGAGCUACUUCAAGAGACUGGGGGCCUAUUCUUCUCGACCGGUCCGACUGUAGAGGACAGCGCACUUCCUGGCAAUGUGCAGAAGAAGUGGGCGGGGUACUCUGAAGACUUGGUGUCGGAGGCAAGCAAUCAAGACCUGCGUAACUGGUACCUGAGAAUCUAUCUGCCAGCAGCUUUGAAGAACGGCAAAGUAUGGUCCAACCCUCCGUUGAAACUCGAGGGAGGGUUGGACGCCGUUCAGCGGGCGCUGGAUCUAUUGUAUGAGGGCAAAGUCAGUGGAUCCAAGGUGGUGGUGAAUCCCUUGGAUUGA